AUGGUAAACGCACAACCAAGAGUUGAUCUAACUAAGAUAGUAAACGCACAAGCAAGUGUUGAUCAAGAGUAUCCUCAAGAAACACGAAAAAGAAUAAUAUGCUUAGAUAUUAGUAAUAAAAACUUAGAGGGCUCCCUAAAAUUAGAAGGAUUUAGUAACCUAGAAGUUCUCAACUGUUCAAAUAAUCUAUUAACUGAUGUUGAUUUUUCGGAUUUAGAUCCAGAAAAAAUAAAAGAAAUUAAUCUAAAAAAUAAUCAGCUUUCAAUCAGGGAUCUAACUUGCUUUAGCAAAUUUGUUAAUAUACAAAGAAUAUCAGUAGAUAGCAGUUUUCAUGGAAGUCUAGAGCCUUUGAAAAGCUUAACCAAAUUACGAAGUAUAACUAUUGCUGGCACUCACAUUAACAGUGGCUUAAAAUACUUACCAAUUAGCGUAAAUAGUACUGGCUUUUUUGAUAGAGAAUGGAAUUCUUUUACAUCAUUGAUUACUUCUUGCGAAAAUUUUGGCUGCCAUAAAGUUCUUAAGCGACUAGAACAGUAUAUUUUAUUAACUACUGUUUAUGAUCCUAUUUAUCACGAUCCAAAAUAUUGUGAAAAGGAUGUUCUAGAGGCGUGGAGAAUAGAAAAUAUUCUUGAAUAUAGGCAAAAAAAGAAAGAAAAAUUAGUAAAAAACAAGUUUCUUUCUUUAAAAUCUCAAUUGUUUAAAUUAGAAAUUAUAUUUGAACAACAAAUAAAACCUUUAGAAUUCAAGAAUCUAAUUCCACAAAUAAAAAAGAAAAAAGCAGAGAUAAUUAAUAUUCUUCAUAGUGGAAGAGGCACUAGUGCUUACCUUCAUAAUGAAAUUAAAAAAAUGCGAAAAAAAUUAUCUGAUAAUAAAAAAUUAGAACAACAUUUACAGGAAGCAAAAAAAAUAACCAUUGAUUUGGAAAAAGCCAGGUUCUUUCACAGAGAAGACAAAAAGGAAGUUUAUAAAGGUGCUUAUAGAGAUUUAAAAAGAUUGGAAAAAAAUUUAAGCUAUCAUAAAAAAUUGGAGCAUAAUAUGAAUUAUUAUGAAAUCGCUCUUAGGGGGUUUGUUCACGGAACAAUACUUGUUGAAUUGAUUAAGCAUAUUGUUGAAAUUCAAAAGUUAACUCAAAAAUUAUUAGGUCGUCGAUACCAAUUCCAAAUUCUCUAA